AUGGCUCGAUAUGGCCUAGAAGAUAUUGGAAUGGAUGAUGAACUGGGACAGAUACCUCCCACACCACGUCGUGUCACGAUCGACGAGGACCGCAUCCGCCGCAAUCGUCGGGAUUCUGAUGACACCUCACCAUCAGCCACGGAACUUAUCAAUAUUCCUAGGAGGUUGUUGGUUCAGAUGAAAGUUCGGAGGAAGAGUCGGAAGAUUCUGAAAAUGAAGAAAGAGAAGGCAGUGAAGGGGAAUCGUCAGUAG